AUGAUUGGCCCCGAGGACUACCUCCCCCCGGGACAGGAGGAGCACCUCGAGCGCGUCGUCCUGGAGUGGUCGGCGAGGGAGCAGGAGGAGGCCGAAGAGCGCCGAGGGAGGCUGGCGAGGAUGCUACGGGAGCACAGGGCCAGGCUCUACAUCAUCCGGCGCUGCGUCGUCAUGCUGCUCUGCCACCAUGACUGAUGCUCCGUCGAUAUGAUGUUCCUGCGAUCCUGCUCCUCCUACAUCGUCUCUGCCUGCUCCUCUGCUCAGCCACCAUGUAUCUAGGUUAGGUAUUGUUGUUUCGAUCUUGUUUUUGUUCGUCUGUUCAUAGGCUGUGCAGGCUUGGCACAUUAACUCUCGGUGUACAUACAUAGGCAGGGGACGUAGGUAGUUGUUUUCUGACUGUUACUCUGGGUUGGGAGGUUUGUUCGGAGUGUGGCGUGGUGCUCCCAAGUCCUGCAAUGGCGAGGAUGCACAUGUAUCAAUCUGUACUGGGUACGCUGUUGCAUCUCGGUGGCGUUUUUGCUAUGUGCGAAACAAAAGGCCAAAAAAAGAAGAAACA